CUUUUUUUUCGCCUGCAGACGAACGAAGCAGCAACAGAGCAGGCCGUGUGUGCUGCAAGCCCGCGCGCGUUCCAUUCGCUGUUUCGCCGGCAAACUGGUCGGAUGUGUGUUUGACUGUUUUUUUGUUGUUGGUGGUUGAUCGCGAGGAUCGCUAGGUUCGGUCGGCAGUGUGAGAGGCUGUGUUUAAUUCUUGCCAAUACCGGAGUGCAGUUUAUAGGUGACAAUUUACAAGUGCCAAAAUAGACUAGAAAAAAGUGAAGUGCUAGAAAAAAAAAACCAGUUUCAGUUUUUUUUGUGAGAUGUGCCGUGUGCGUGGUAAGUUAUAAUUUCAAUCGUCAAACAUUCACCCACGCAUUAAAACCCCAUCUUCGACAGUGCAAAGCAGCAGCAGCGAAUGAAUUGAGUGGUGCGAGUGCAGCAGUCGUUAAGUACGAAACGUUCGUGUGUCCCACAAUAAGAUAGUAGUUAUUUCCAUAUGGUUUGAACGUGCGAUUCCAGGAUCGGAAGCAAAAAUCCAAUUUAAUCGAUUGGGGCGCUGUACUGAGGUGGUGUGCCAAAGGACCAUUCACAGUGAGGGUGAUGGGGCAGGCUAGAAUUGUUACCUUGUUUUGUCGCGCACGAGCGCGUGAAGAAAACCGACAGCUUUAGUGUUCUCGCGGAUGGAUGGCGUGAAAAAUCGAAUCGAAGCAGGCUGAUUAAAACGGCAAGAUUAGAGUGUCAGCCCGGAGCGUUAAAUUGGAUAUGUGGUGAGGGGCUUGUGAUGAUUUUUUCCCUCCUGCCCCUAGGAGCUCGCGUGUGAUUCUGAUGCGCUGUUGCGACGAAAGGUGAUAAAAGAGAAGUGAACGACAGAAAACAAGACGGGAGUUGGUAUAGAAUACAGGAAUAAAAAAAAACGUGAUUUUGGCGAAACGGUCAAAUACGUGUUCUCUAAACAUCCGUCCCCAUUCGCGAAAGGACGAGGUUGGCUGGAAGUGUGAAGAGGAGUGACGGCAUGGAGAGGUAAAAGAUCUCUCUGGGGCUAGAAGUGAAGCGGAUUCUGUUUUAAACGGUCGUGCUUUUUGAUUCGAGGAAUUCGUUCGAGGUGAACCGAUUUAGAGGAAUCCCGACCCAAAGCAGAGAGAGAUCAGGAACCGGACGAUUCUGGGUAGAGCGAUAAACUAGUGGUGGAACUGCGGGUGUCUUUCUUGAGCUACGCCGACCGCAGAAGCAGCAGCAGAAGGUCCCCGAUGACGGACGCGAUAAUGAUGUUGAAAGUUUCAAACUGUGCGUUGGAAUAAGUUGAAAAGAGUUGAAAGCGCCGUCAAGUGGUCGAUUGCAAAAGCUCCGAAUGUAAACACAUUAACAACGUCAACGACAACAGUAACACGGAACAUAGUAGGCGCCGCCACCACCGGGUCAGAAAAAUGGGUUAACCACGUGGCUGUGGUUGCAUGUUAGAUUUUUUUUUGUCGAAAUCAGUGUAGCACCUAUAUUUUGCAGAAAAUAGUUUUCAUGAAUUGAGUUAGCGCAGUCGAACCUGCUAAUUACGACGACGAAAGCGAAAUCCUGGGGGUGGCCCGAGUGUGACGUCAUCCAGUGUAGCGCCGGUUUCAGAAUCACGUGACGAUUGGUGAUUAGUGCGCGGUUAUUUUCGUUCUGAGUGUGUGCUGUUCCCACCCGACCCCAGCAGCAGUGAAUGUGCCUCGGAAACGUCGCGGCCGGUAUGCAAAUGCGGACAAUCUGCAACUGACUUGCCGUGGGCCAGGAAAAAAAAAAGAAGAAGCUAGAAAGUGUUCCUGACAGAGAGAGAAGGAGGGAAGAAGCAGAAGCAGAAUGAAAAGCAUUCGCGGAAACAGAAGAAUGUUUCACAACGGCGGCGCCGUUUUCAGCGGCAGCUGCUUGGUGCUGCUGCUCGGUUUGCUCGCACAUCGGACGGCCGGGCUGGACCCGAAGUUCGAUCCGUCGACGCGGAUGCGGCUGGUGCUGGUUCCGGCGGAUGCCACCGUGGGUUCCGUUAUCUACCGGUUACGAGCGACCGACGAGGAGUUUGAGUACCCGCUGCAAUUCGAGUUGGUUGGGGAUGCCGCAUCAUCAACUGUACAAAUCGAGACCCUACCAUGCACCAAAUUCAACUCGAUCUGCCAGGCCAACGUAAUCCUAACCCGGAGGCUGGAGGCCGGCCGCUAUUACGACUUCCAGGUUUCGGUAAAGGACACCAAGGGUGGAAUGUCGGUGCAGGCCUGUUCGAUUACUGCCACCAACUUUACCACACCACAUGACCUCAUUUUUCCGCACAAAACGGGUAUCAUCAUGGUGCCGGAGGACUCCAAAAAAGGCACCGAACUGGAUUACGUGCUGGCCAACAGGAAUCCCCUCCAGCAGAAGCCGGUCUAUCUGGAGCUUUGGGGUUCGCCACUGUUUGCCAUCCGACAGAAGAUAGUAUCCACGGACAUGACCGAGGGAACAAUCUUCCUGCUCGGUCCGCUGGACUUCGAGAAGCAGGCCAUGUAUCACCUGACAGUGCUGGCGAAUGACGCCUACGCGGAACCGGGUCAGGAUUCGCGCAACAUCGCCGGCCUCGAGGUGGUUAUCAUCGUAGAGGACGUGCAAGACGUUCCGCCGGUUUUUACAGUGGCUCCACCCGUCACCCGGUUGUCACCGGGACUGAUCCCCGGUGAUAAGGUUCUGCAGGUUCACGCCGAAGACGGCGACAAGGGAGUGCCAAGGGAAAUCCGGUACGGAUUGGUUUCGGAAGGCAAUCCAUUUACGUCCUUUUUCGAAAUCAAUGAAACUAGCGGUGAAAUUUCCCUCCUCCGCCCACUGGACGACAUCCUGGCACUCACGCAUGUCGGCGACCCGGUCCUGCUGACAGUAAUUGCCGAGGAGGUCAAGGUUAGCCGUGAUGAACCCCCGGCCAUGGCAACUACCGUGCAGCUGGCGUUUUUCCUGCCCGAGCGCAGCAACUCGCCACCGUACUUCGAAAAUGACCAUUAUGUCACUCGGCUGGAGGAAAACGCUGCUCCCGGGACGACACUAUCAUUCACCGAUCCGUACACGCCUCGCGUGAUGGACGACGAUGCGGGGAAAAAUGGAGUCUUCUCUCUGACACUGAUUGGUAACAACGGAACGUUCGAAAUUUCUCCGAACGUUGCAGAGGGGCAUGCUAAUUUCGUGAUCCGAGUGCGAGAUAAUUCUCUGCUAGAUUACGAAACUGCCGAAUACGUCCACUUCCAGAUCCUAGCUCAGGAGCUCGGUCCAGCAACGAAUCUCUCCGCCUCGGUGAACGUGACCGUGUACCUAUCAGAUGUCAACGAUAAUCCCCCGGUGUUCGAACAGAACGAUUACAUCGUUGAUCUGCCGGAAAAUAUGACCGCUGGAACGCGGGUAGUUCAGGUGCAUGCAACCGACGUCGACACCGGUUUGGGUGGAAAAAUUCGCUACACUCACAUUCUAGGACCGCAGAACACGUCACUCAAUCUAGACCCUACUUCGGGGGUCAUAACCGUGGCCUUCAACAAUCACGGCUUCGAUCGCGAAGCGAUGCCCGAGUACCACCUGUACGUGGAAGCUCGUGACGACGACGGAGUCGGCAACCGCGCCCAAGUCCUGCUCGUAAUUCGCCUCAUCGACGUGAAUGACGAGACGCCCAUCUUCGAGAAGAGUCUCUACGAGUUUAUCCUAUCGUCAAACUUGCGCAACUUUACCGUCCCAGCGUACAUCAAAGCGAUCGAUAACGACGCCGAAGCGCCGAACAAUGAAGUCCGCUACGAGCUUAUCUACGGUAAUUACGAAAACAAAUUCGAACUCCACCCAAUAACGGGCGAACUGAAGCUAACCUCCGCUCUGGUGCGGAGGAAUUCAAAUGUCCGCCAACGGCGGCAGCCCACUAGUCACCAGCUAACAACCACCGAUGGAGGCACGGAAUCGGACGUGUUCGUCCUCACGGCGCGAGCGUUCGACCUCGGCGUUCCGGUGCGAUUUUCCACCACCACCAUUCGAGUGUAUCCACCGGAGAGUCGAACGCGAACGAUGACCUUCAUCGUGCCCGGCCAUAAUCCGGACCGGGCUCGGGUGCAGGAAACACUCGCCGAUGUUACCGGCGGUCGUGUCAUAAUCCAAGAGAUUCGACCGUACAAUGGAAAUGUUCCCGGAGCGACCGACAUCGGAGGAAACAGCAAGGACCGAAGUGUAGUCCUGGCCACUAUUCUCUACGAUGGCGAGUCCGUGGUAGAUAUUGCCCGAAUCCAGCAAAGACUGUCCGCAAAUGGAACCGUUCACAGCGGUAUCAGCCAGGAUGAGCGAAGUGCGAUUCUCUACAAAGCGGAGAACCGAGUACUCUUCUGGUUGCUGAUCUUUCUAGCCAUACUACUAGCACUGGGCAUAUUGACCCUCCUGCUGUGCUGCAUUUGUCCCUGGUGUCCGCUGUAUGCCGCCACGAGAAAAAGAGUCAUUAGAGUCAAUAGUAUCGAAGAUGAUGUUCAUCUUGUUCAUAGAGAGCAAGGCAUUGGAAAACAGUCAAAAUCUGUCCAGGUCGCGGAAUGGAUGGGACGAAGAGAAGCCUGGUCGGCGGAUCGAUCGUCCGAUUCCCGUACAAAGCCGACGCGCUGGGAAUUUAGAGGAAGACGACACACUAACAAAGCCUCACUAGCGGCGGCCGCAGCUGCUGCCGGUUCGACCUCGACGGCAGCGGGCCGCGACAACCGGGGACACACAAUCGACGACGACGACGACGCGAGAGGCGGUGGCGGUGGUAGCAGUGGCGGCGACGGUGGAAGAGUUGGACGGGUUAGAAAAUCGGUGACCGAAGUCGGGGCUAAGACGAAGGAACAAACAGUUAAGAUUAGAAACGAAUACAACUCUAAAUCGGCAAAAAAUAGCGUUGGUGGAGGCGCGGGAGACGCCGUCUCCGGGGAUGGACUGCACCGGUCGCGAAGUAAUCUACUGAACAACGAGCAGCGGACCGAUAUGUACAUAGAAGAUGUGGACGAUCACGAUCCGGAGUAUCAAUCGUUGCGGCGUGUCCAUCAGCACCAGCAGCUGCAGCAGCAGCACCAAACGCAGAUCGACGAUGAUUCUAUGAGGAGACACGAGAUGGACCGUGGGAGUGAUUUGAACUAUGAACGAAGGGGAAGCUUCCGGCGACAGGGCGGGCUUGGGAACAACGGCGGCUUGGAUGAUGGAAUCGAACCGCGCGAUCAGUAUUAUAUUAAGGAGGGAAAUGCGGAGAUUUUGCGGUUGAUUACCAGGGGGAGGAAUGAAGAGGAAAAUAUCUAUGUGAAUGUUCCUCAGCGUGGUGGUGCUGGUGGUGGUGUUGGCGGCGGUGGAGGACAGUAUAUAAUGGUAGAUAAUGGAGGAAAGGAAAUUCUGAUGAGGCGAUACAUUGAGGAGCAAGCAAAUGGCAAGCAGAUUAUUCGGGAGCACUAUCAACUGCUUCCAGGUACGACUUUCAUUCAGACGAUGCCGAAUGAGGUCCCUGGUGGGUACAGGGGGGAGCACGUCACGGAGGUGAAGAUCGGCCAUGACCAGAAGACGAACAAAGGCUCUGAUAGGGACGUUGAUGAGGAUGAAAUUCACAUAACUCACGCCGUAUCGAAUCACUCUCUGAUCCAGCAGGAGUUGGAGAGUUCUUUGAAGCAGCAAAAUGCUCUUCUUCGGCAGAUUUUGUUGGAAAAGGAAAAGCUAGAGGAGAAGUACAAUCAACAGGAUCAGACUCUGGAGACGCAGAGUUUACCCUGCCAAUCGAUGGCGGUUGUGGCGGCCACACAAACCGAUUGUGAGACGGCAACCCAAACGGAACCGGUUCGAAUCGAACGCCGAAGGACGAAGAGUGAAAACGAUGACUCUCUAUCGGAAGAUGAGUACGAAUACAUCAAAUUCAGUCCCCCGGACAGUCCCGAUGGGGUGUAUCUUAUCAAGAGGAAGCGAACACGCAAGAAGACAAAGUACAAAGCCGGGGCCGAACGGGACUCCUCGGAAGGCCGCUCCUCUAAUCGUCGUUUCAUAACGGUAGAAUCAGUGAAGCGAAAAAUUCGCACCCCAAUCCAGGAGGAAGACGAACCCAAAAGAAGCCCGCCAAAGCACGCGGAAACCAGAGCGAGCAUUUUGAGGCGAAAGCGCAACGAGGAACGGCUGAAAAAGGACGUGCUGAUGGAGAUUUCCGAUUCGCUCGAGGACAAAGACAGCAAGAAAAAGGAGAAGCGGAAAAAAGUGUACAAAAAGAAUGUCAAGUAUUAUGACGAUUCCGACGGAUCGGACAAGGACGUUGCGGUGCAGAAGUACUUCUCCGCCGACAGUUUGGAUGAGAUUAAUUCCGACGUGGAAGACUACACCUAUUCCGUGACGAAAACUUCCAAAUCGGUGACCGUCUCGCCUCGGGCGGGAGUUCAGCAGCGAAUAUCCAGGAGGGAUAAUAAAACAACGGAGACGACAACUUCCACUCGGAUACGAUUGACGAGCUCGGAGUCUCCUUCCAGAUCGUACAAAGGACAGGCGCCAAAACCUCCCCGAUUAACGAAGUCACUCUCCAAAGAGGGUCUGGAAGCCCAAGAUGGAAAAGACAUUCCUGCAAAGUACAUGGAUUGGUACUACAACUUGGGUAAAGAUGAUUCCUUGGAGAAGAAGUCGAAGCAGGACAAAAAACCUAUGAAAAAGAAAGUGGUGUCUUCUUCCUCGAAAGAGGAUGACGCCAAGUUCAAACCCGAGCCAAUGCCUCGAACCUCACCCCCGAAGGAUGCCCGCCUCCUGAAGGAAGACAUUCAACUAGCGAAGCGUGUUCAGUCUCAAUCCUCCGGAGAACAAACCAGCCAUCCACUGCUUCAGCACUCGGAACAUCGCUUCGAAGCGGAAUACGAUCCGAACUCUCAAGUUCCUCCUCCCCCGGAUAAACUGCCCCACUACAUGUACCCAGCGACGCCCCCGAUCGUGAACCGGGACAACAAAGUUCAAAUCAAAAUAGUCGAUUCAUCGGCCAGCAAACCCUCCCCCAUCAAGGAGCACGAAGUCAAAGAACCCCGACCUCGUCCAACGGAUUCACAGCCGCCGACAAAAAUCCUCAACGCUUCCACCCUCGAAGACGACCACGACUCCGGAAUCGCAAUGAACUCACUACUGCACAACAAAAGCAAGCGACAUCCGAUCACGGACAAGAAGAGCAUCUUCACGAUCGCGUACGAUGACGUACGCAUCCGGCAGAUCCGCUCCGAGAGUGACACGCCGCCCUUUUCCUAACAGCGGCCAAAACGGCAGCCUGCUGGCGGUCAGCAGCAUAGCAGGCGGCUUCGAAAGCAGUACAACAACGCUCAAGCCGAACAGCACCAGCAGCAGCAGCAGCGGUCAUACCGCAACAGUGACUGACGGUAGUGACCUGGAGGCUCCUCCCACUAAAUAAGUGUACAGUACAAAAACGAAAAAACACGCCGUCCACUGACCCAAAAGCUACAAAUGUAAGUACGACAAACCAAGUUCUAAAAAAAACGAAACUGUCAACUGCCAUAACUGAUAAGUCGAUCGAUCGUGUACGUUUUCGUGUGAGCGUGUGAGUGAGUGUGAAAGAAAGAGUGUGAGUAAAAACAAACACGACUUAAGCAAUUAGUAGAAGAAAAAAAAUUAGGACCAACUGCCGCCAUUUUUGCCUGGCCCCCUCGUUGGACCCUUUUCACAAACCUUCAGUCAGUGUUUUUUCCUAUUGAUUUAGCGCAACAUUAAAUAAUGUGUCAUCAAUCCGAACGUGCUAAGUUUUCCUAUCGUUAAGAACCACACAAUGUUUUGUACAUUUUGAUAGCCGUUUUCCGCGCUUAAGAUUUACACCUAAGGCCUAGGGACUCCAAGUGUACAUAUUAGAGAUUACGAGAGCAAAAAAUUAAAAAAAAACAAGUUUUCGGGCGUCCUAGUUAUCAAAUAACUAGUCGGUUUUUAGUUCUUAUAAGUGUAAAAAAAAAACAAAUCGGUACGAUACGAUACGCGCAUAUACGUAGUGAUAUUUUUUUCUUCCAAAACAUAAUAGGAACCUAACCUAACAAAAGUGAAAAUUCUUCCAGUGUUGGUUUGUUCUAGGUUAUUUUGUUGUUUCUAUGCAUGUACAAAAUCGAAAAUUGUUUAUCCCUCUCUCUUUCCAACUUCUAUCUGACUUCUGUGUUAUAUGUUAUUUUUAGCCGUCGUAGAUAAACAACUACUACUAAAUGUUUAGUUUAAUGUUGGAACUGUGUAAAGUAGCUUUAAGAUUAAGAACCUUACAAGGAAUACAGAUAUAGUAUAGUAGAUAUGGAUAGAAGAUUCUAUUUCUCCUAAGCCUAUGUGAGUGUGAAGAGUGGAAGAAUGAAGAGAGAAGAAAAUGUUGAGUGUAGAGCAGUGUCGAAUGAGUUAAGAAAUUAA